UCAGUUCUACGCUACAGUUCACUUGUUUUUAAGAGCGGAACGAUUGUAUCAUCACCGCUCAAAAAAAAAAAAAAAACACCACCCGGCGUCUUAAGCAGACGCACAGCGCGGAUAUGUUCGGAACAUAGCGCCGGACGCAUCCGGAGUGCGCACAGCUGGCAGGAAGCGGUGCUUCAUUUCGUUCCGUGUUUACGUGUUUGUUUCUUUCUUAAAUGUUUCAGAGCAGCCUGACUCGGCGGUGCUUGCAUUUCUAGAGGCAGUAUAAAAGGCGUUCCCGGUGCAGGCUGCCUCGGGUUGUUGCUCAGGCUGUAGUUUGACGGGCGGCGCUGCUCGUGUAAACACUGCGCAGUCCUGCGGGAUCAUGGCGACCCGGCGCCUCACCGACCAGUUCAUCUUAAUGCGGAACAAUGCCAUCCAAAACAGACACAUGUUGGCUGAGCAAGUGAGUAGUUACUCCGCCAGUCCGCUGAAUUUACGUAGCGAUGCUGCGGAGCUGGAUGAGCUUGCUGAUGACCGGAUGGCUCUGGUGUCUGGGAUUAGCUUGGACCCCGAGGCUGCGAUUGGGGUCACGAAGCGCCUGCCUCCCAAGUGGGUGGAUGGGGUGGACGAGAUCCAGUAUGACGUCACCAGGAUAAAGCAGAAGAUGAAGGAGCUGGCCAGCCUCCACGACAAGCACAUGAACCGCCCCACCCUGGACGACAGCAGCGAGGCGGAGCACGCCAUCGAGAUCACGACGCAGGAGAUCACGCAGAUGUUCCACCGUUGCCAGCGCGCCGUGACGGGUAUCCAGAGCCGCUCCAGGCACUGCACAGAGCAAGAGGAGCGCCUGCUUCGCAAUGUGGUCUCGUCCCUCGCCCAGUCCCUGCAGGAUCUCUCCAUCAACUUCAGGCACACGCAGUCCAACUACCUGAAACGUAUGAAGAAUCGGGAGGAGAGGUCAAAGCAUUUCUUCGAUACUUCAGUACCGCUGAUGGAUGAUGCAGAAGACACUGCUGUUUAUGACCGGGGGUUCACAGAUGAACAGCUUGUCCAGGUGGAGCAGAACACAGUGAUGGUGGAGGAGCGGGAGCGAGAGAUCCGGCAGAUAGUGCAGUCCAUCUCCGACCUCAACGAGAUCUUCAGGGACCUGGCUGGAAUGGUGGUUGAACAGGGGACUGUCCUGGACAGAAUUGACUUCAAUGUUGAACAGGCAUGCGUCAAAACAGAAGAUGGUUUAAAACAGUUACAGAAGGCAGAGCAAUACCAGAAGAAGAAUCGCAAGAUGCUGGUCAUUUUAAUCCUCUUCGUUAUCGUGGUCGUUCUUAUUCUUGUGCUAAUUGGAGUGAAGUUUAGGUAAUCGUGUAUAUAUCCCUUGGCGUGCGUCGCUAGUGACGAGCCUCACCCCCGCCCCUCCCCUAAAGCUGCCUUGGUUGAAUGUAUCAAACCCAUACUGUUUGCAUUGUUAGUCUGUGCAAUGAACCUAUAGACUCUGGAACUCUAGUGCAUGAACCCUGGGGCUAGGGCAUUUCCAAGUACAUAGCCAGAAAUACAAUGCAUUGCCUAAAGAGCGUUUGAUUUCUCAGAAUCACAGACUGCAUCCAUAGAAACACUGCCCCCAAUGUAAUGGAACACCGGUAUGAGCGAACGAAUGAAUUGGCGAGCGCACUGCACAGAUCUCCUCACAUUCAUCUGAGUUGCUGGAGUCCAUUCCAGGGAUUCUAAUAGAAGCACUGUACAGUAUUGAAGGGUUCUCAAGAUUAACACUGCCUGUUCAAUGUACAGUACCACAUUGCAAGCUCCUGUAACGGAUUAGAUAAUGAACUGCUGUUCUAAUCCAUGUCAGUGUUUGAUCAUGUUUGUUGGGGAGUGGGUGUGGAGUAAUAGGAUUGUGUCCAGUAAGGGUCUCAACACCAGUCGCUUCCAUUGUCUUGGACAUUACCCACAACGUGGUCUCCCGCUGGGUGGGUUAUUAAGAGGCUCCUUCUCAGAAGUGCCUGGAUAUACCUUCAAAGGAUAGAUCUGCAGUAAAAUAAACUGUGAUUAUAAAGCCUGCAACUUACUAAGAAUAAUAUUGAAUUUAUUUGAAUAGAAAGUACUUUAGAAAUUUGAAAGUAGUGGGAUGUUGUUGUUAUUAUUAAAUGAUUGGUCCUAUCUGAAAGCUUAUGUUUUGAUUUUCUGGGGCCGUGACCCUAGUCUGCCGAAUGUCCUUGUCGUUUCAUUCAAUGCAUCCUUGCUAGUCACAUGCUCUCGCUGUGCGUGGUGAAGCAAAAGCACAUUCUGUCAGCAGCAGCAGCAGCAGCUGGUGUAUCACGGGUCUGUAGUGGACACUUAUUACAAGUUCUCAAAGCUAGUUACUCCCAAACAAAAACAACUCCACUUGCAAUUCUAAAACAAACAAGAAACAACUACAGAACUACUGGAAUGUUAUUUAUUGCAAAGUAAAGAGCUUUGAGAAUCUAGCCUAGUACUCCUAUGUUUAAAAAAACGUACAAAUCUGAGGACUGUAUGUAGCAAAUGCAUGUUUCGUAACAGGACAGCCAUCGUCUGUGCAAGAAAUGUGGAUUUAUUUGUGAAGCGCAGUGCUGCGUGUGUUUUGCUGAGGUUGAUGCAUUACGUGCAGUGUGUGUGUUUCUGCAGCACCGUUGUGUUUGGUCUCAGGCUGUAUGGUGUCGGUGUUUCACUGGUGUCGGAUGGGUUUAUCUGGAGCCCCUUGGUGUUUUUCUGAACGGUUUUUAAGGGACCCAGCUGUGCUCUUACCAGAGCAGCGGGAGUGGGGGCUAUGGAUUUUUAGAAGGAUAGAUUGCUGUAUUCACUGGGUGUUGAAGUCUGCUAGGUGGAGGUAUUUGAAAAUGUCUGAGUGAUGCUGCUUAGCAUGCAUUAUAAAUCCGGAGUCUAUUGAAAACCUAACUGAAUCAUGUUGAAUUGAAUCCACUUAUUCCACUGGAACUUUAAAGGACAGUAUGUGGACACAUUAAGACGUGUGUGUGUGUGUGUGUGUGUGUUGAUUAUCUUCCCUGUCUAUUUAUGUAUUGUUGUUGUUUAUGUGGGCCUGUUUUUAAAAACUGAGAAGCUUUGCUUCUGUCUUCUACAGAAAAAAAAUGUGGGAUCUUUAAAAAAUAUGUAUAUAUAUAUUAAUAUAAUAAUAAUAAUAAUAAUAAUAAUAAUAAUAAUAAUAGUUAGACUGGUUUAUUGAUUAUCGAUGAUCCUGUAAAUCUAUCAUGUGUGUAAUUCCAAAUUCUGUCAAAGAUUUGUCACAAAGCAUAAACUGUUAAACAAAAAAAGAAAAAAACCAAACCCUUUGAAUUCCUGUGUGCUUAUUUAAAACAUGUGUUGUAUGACGGUGCUGAUCAAGGGGAUAGUGCAACAUGAAUAAAUGAGUUUAACAAGCACA